UAAAAAAGAAAGAUAUGAUGGUUGGAAGCCAUUGUUAUUUCUUCUGCUUGAUUUCAUUCCUACUCUACACUCUUGCUUCUCCCACACUCAACCAUUGCCGCCACGACCAGAGAGAUGCUCUUUUGGAAUUCAAAGAUGAGUUUCCGAUUCUUCAGCAUAAUCCAAGUGCUAAUGAUACAUCUUUAAGCUCAUGGAACAAGAGCACUGACUGUUGUUCUUGGGUGGAGGUCACGUGUGAUGCCAAAUCUGGAGAGGUCAUUUCUCUUGAACUUCCUUCCAUCUCUCUUAACAGCUCUUUGAAACCAAAUAGCAGUCUUUUCAAACUCCAAACUCUUACUAAGUUGUCCCUCUACAAUUGCAGUCUCUAUGGAGAGAUUCCUUCUACAUUAGGAAACCUUUCUCGUCUCACAAUUCUUGACUUUUCGUAUAAUGCUUUAUCAGGCCAAGUUCCAGAGUCAUUAGGACACCUUUCUCAUCUUACAUUCCUUACCCUUUCAAAUAAUAGAUUAGUAGGUCAAGUUCCAGCUUCAAUAGAAAAGCUUUCUCGUCUCGAGUGGCUUGAGCUCUCGUAUAAUCAAUUAGUAGGUAAAGUUCUAGCUUCAUUAGGAAACCUAACUCAACUAUACUACUUGGGCCUUGGCCAUAACAGCUUCAGUGGCAAUAUUCCUUCUUCAUUUGCCAAUUUAACGAAACUUUCUGAAGUCUACCUCAAUAAUAAUUACUUCAAAUCCAUGCUUCCACGUGACAUGAGCGGGUUCCAAGAAUUAGGAUAUUUUGAUGUGCGUGAAAAUUCAUUCUUUGGGCCUUUUCCUACAUCUUUGUUCACUAUUCCUUCGUUAAUGAAAGUUUUUCUUGGGAAAAACCAAUUCACAGGACCGAUAGAGUUUGGUAAUAUGUCUUCUUUACCAUCUGACAUGGUAUUAUACCUUGAUCAUAACAAAUUUGAUGGUCCAGUCCCCGAGUCUAUAUACAAGUUUCUUGAUCUAGAUUUUAGUUACAACUCCUUUAGCAGUUUUGGAAAAUCAUCGCAAGUUUUAGAUGAAACACAAAUCGAACAGUUGGAUCUUAGCUCAAAUUCAUUACAAGGACCAUUGCCCCAGUGGAUAUGUAAUCUUAAAUCGUUAGGCUUCUUAGAUUUGUCCAAAAAUAGAAUUAGUGGCUCAAUUCCUCAGUGUUUAAGGAACUUAAGUGUUUCACUUGAAGAGUUGAUCAUGGCUAAUAACAACUUCACUGGGACUAUUCCGGAUAUGUUUGUCAAUGCCACCAAUCUUAAAGCACUUGACGUUAGCCGCAACAACUUAGAGGGGAAACUUCCAAAAUCAUUGACGAGUUGUAGUCUUUUGCAACUUGUGAAUGUGCAAGGCAACAUAAUCAAGGACGAGUUUCCAUUUUGGUUGAGUUCUUUGCCAUCCUUGAACGUCCUCAUCCUCCGGUCAAACCAAUUUUAUGGGCCGUUAUAUCACCCUAAUCUCUCCGUUGGGUUUCAAAAUUUAAGAGUCAUUGACAUAUCACACAAUGGCUUCACCGGAUCAUUGCCACCUUUCUAUUUUUCUUAUUGGCGUAACAUGGCGACAUCCAUGCAACAAGCUUACGAUGAUGAGAACUUAGGAAACCCGAGGUACGGUAUCGACUAUCAUAACUCGAUGGAAAUGGUGCAUAAAGGAGUAUAUACAGAGUUUGAGCGGAUCAGAAGGGACUUUAGAGCCAUUGACUUUUCAGGGAACUUAUUACUUGGAAGUAUCCCUGAAUCUAUUGGUUUGUUGAAGGAGUUGCGUGUUCUCAACUUGUCUGGUAACGCAUUCACAAGCAAUAUUCCACAAUCAUUGGGAAAUUUGACAAAGCUCGAAGCAUUGGACUUGUCCCAGAAUAAACUGUCUGGUCAGAUUCCUUUGGGUCUUGGCAGCCUCUCUUUUUUAUCAAUCAUGAACUUCUCCCACAACAAUCUCCAAGGUCAGAUACCACGUGGCACACAGUUUCAAAGACAAAAUUGUUCUUCGUUCAUGGACAACCCUAGACUCUAUGGUCUCGAAGAAAUAUGUGGAGAAACUCAUGUUCUGAAUCAUAUACCACAAGAAUCCGACGAUUUGUCGGAGCCAAAAGAGCACGUGAUUAACUGGAUAGCAGUGGCGAUAGCCUAUGUACCUGGUGUGUUCUUGGGAAUGGUGAUUGGACAUAUCUUUUUUCAACACAAACACGAAUGGUUCAUGGAAAAGUUCCAUCGAAACAAGCCCAAAAUAGUCGCCAGAAGUUCGAAUUGAACACUAUAUAUCUCUUGUAGUCUCUUUUAAGUGUUUGUGACAUAACUAUGUGAAGCAUAUGUACGUGUGUGUUAUCCAAAUGUAAUUUUCUAUUUUUAUGGUUUUGUAAUAAACGUCUGAUCUUAAAUUGAAAAUGCAUGCAGGAACUUUUUCCUACGUAAGUAACAAUUAAUAAAUCCCAAUGAAAACU